UCUUCGCAUCUACAAAAUAUACAAUAAUCAAAAUCAGUAUCAGCAACACACGCCCAAGGAGCCGUGACUCGACCCCUGCAACCACAAACAGGUAAGAAUGGGAACAAGGUUAAGGUGGUGGCGAUGUGCUGUGGCGAUUGUUGUGGCGACUGUUGUGGCGACUGAUGUGGCAAGGAAGGACAAUCCGACUCCUGGUAUGGAUCUCCUUCACCAGUUUCUCAACAACGACCCAGGCCAGCUGUGUAACUACAUUCAGUGCCAGGAGCCGCUCAGGGCUAGUGAGUGCCCGGAGGGAACUACCUAUCAGGAGAAAGUGACGCAGAUGGGCUGCUGCGGCGCCUGCGUCAGGUAUAAGCGUGAGUACUGCGCAUUUAUCGGUGUCUUUGUUGAGUUGUCUUCAGUGUGGUGUUUGUCUCGCAUUUGGCGGAUGGAGGACUGAACUUCCACAUCCUUG